AUGUUGCUGCAGCGUUGCGCAGCCGGAGGCUGUGGGUGCGGGUGUGACCGUUAUUUGGAGUUUAUGGGCCACAUGCAGAGGAUUGGUACGCCUUUCUUCGAGGGCAGAGUUGGUCCAGAGGAGGCAGACGCGUGGCGUCAGAGAGUGGAGCGGAACUUUCAUUCGAUCCGUUGUCCGAUAGAGUACUGGGUGGAGUUAGCGGUCCACUAUUUGAGUGGCGAUGCUCAUUUGUGGUGGCAGGCCGCGGUGGGCCGGAGGGCAUUUUGGACUUGGGGCGACUUCCUUGUGGAGUUCAACGCCAAGUAUUUCCCGAGGCAGGCUCGUGAUCGUCUUCAGAUGCGGUUUAUGGGCAUUGAGCAGGGUUCGCGUUCUGUACGCGAGUAUGAUGAGGAGUUCAGCCGUCUGUUAGUGCAUGCGGGCUUUGGUAUGGAGGCUGAGCAUCAGUUGACGAACAGAUUUCUGGAGGGACUUCGCAAGGAUAUUCGGACUCUAUGCAGGAGUAGUAUGCACACUUCGAGGGCGAGUCUGGUAGAGUUGGCCGCGUCGGUUGAGGCGGAUCUUGGUGGGCCAGUUGGUCCGGUGGCUGUGCCGUCAGCAGUUGCUUCUGCUACCCAGCCUCGGGGUCAGCAUCAGCAGCCGCGACAGCAGCAGCAGCAGCAGCGCAGAGGUGGUUCGAGUUUCAGUUCUGGUUCUGGCAGGGGCGGUUUGCCUGCGCAGGGUCAGAAGAGGAGUAGAGAGGAGUUUUCUGGUGCUAGUCAGUUUCCUCGUGGUUCCUGUUGGGUGUGGGAGCACGGAGCAUCGUGUUUCGAGUUGUCCCAGAGAGAGGCGGUCAGCACCAGGGUGUGCUACUACUGCAAGGAGCCUGGGCAUAUCAAGCCCAUGUGUCCUAAGUUGCGGAGUAUGUCGGUGGCUUCGGUUCAGCCAGUAGCGGCUCAGCCAGUGAGUCAGAUCGCAGCAGUGCAGCCGUUGGGUCAGAUUGCACCGGCGCCGCGGGGUUACUCUUCAGUGGAGACUGGCGGGACUAGUCAGACCGGGCAGAUCACAGGGACCUUGUUAGUGGGCGGUUUUGAGUCCCACGUUUUAUUCGACUCUGGAGCAUCGAAUUGCUUCAUUACACCGGAGCGUGCCGAGAAGAGUGGCAUCCGGAGUAGCGCGGGCAUGGUCAAGGUGGCGGGAGGUGGAUUCUUGUCUACUUUGGGCCGUGCUAGAGGAGUCGAGAUCGAGAUUGCGGGGCAGUCAAUGCCAGCAGACUUAGUCAUCAGUCCGGUGGAGCUGUAUGACGUUAUUCUCGGGAUGGACUGGUUGUCACACUACAGAGUUCAUCUGGAUUGCUACAGAGGUAGAGUGGUCUUCGAGCGAGAUGCAGGGAGGUUGGUUUAUCAGGGAGUGAGACCGACUUCCGGGAGUAUUGUGAUAUCUGCUAUUCAGGCCGAGCAGUUGUUAGAGCGGGGCUGUGAGGCGUAUCUGGCGACGAUUUCUAUGUCUGAGUCAGGAGCUGGAGUUGUUAUGGGAGAUAUUGAGGUUGUCCAGGAUUUUGAGGAUGUCUUUCAGUCACUGAAGGGAUUACCACCAUCUCGGUCUGAUCCUUUCACGAUUGAGUUAGAGCCGGGGACAGCACCGAUAUCGAAGACGCCUUACAGGAUGGCGCCAGCUGAGUUGGCAGAGCUGAAGAAGCAGAUAGAGGACCUUUUGUCUAAGGGGUUCAUUCGACCGAGUGUUUCACCGUGGGGAGCACCGGUGUUGUUUGUGAAGAAGAAGGAUGGAGUUUCAGACUUUGUAUCGAUUACAGAGAUUGACUUGGCAUCGGGGUAUCAUCAGAUCCCGAUAGAUGAGGCAGAUGUCAGGAAGACUGCUUUCAGGACGCGUUAUGGGCAUUUUGAGUUUGUGGUUAUGCCUUUCGGUUUGACUAACGCGCCGGCAGCCUUCAUGAGAUUGAUGAACGACGUGUUCAGGGAGUAUUUGGACGUGUUUGUCAUCAUUUUCAUUGAUGAUAUUCUGGUAUACUCGAGGAGUCAGGAGGAGCAUGCGACUCACUUGAGGUUGGUUCUGGAGAAGCUUCGGGAGCAGAAGCUUUUUGCUAAGUUGAGCAAGUGCAGUUUCUGGCAGCGAGAGAUGGGAUUUCUUGGCCACAUUGUUUCUGCAGAGGGAGUUUCUGUGGAUCCGGCUAAGAUUGAGGCUAUCAGAGAUUGGCCUAGACCUAGUAGUGCCACCGAGAUCAGGAGUUUUCUGGGUUUGGCAGGAUACUACAGGAGGUUCGUCAAGGGGUUUGCUACCAUGGCGCAGCCGAUGACGAAGUUGACCGGGAAGGAUGUCCCUUUUGUUUGGUCAGCUGAGUGUGAGGAGAGCUUUAGUCAGCUCAAGGAGAUGUUGACUACUACACCAGUGUUGGCGUUACCCGAGCCAGGGAAGCCUUACAUGGUGUAUACAGAUGCUUCAGGCAUUGGUCUUGGUUGUGUGCUGAUGCAGGAGGGCAGAGUGAUAGCAUAUGCUUCGAGACAGUGGCAGGGCAGUGAGCGUAACCGUCCUACACAUGACUUAGAGUUGGGAGCAGUGAUCUUCGCGUUGAAGAUUUGGAGGUCUUACUUGCUAGGUGAGACAGUACAGGUCUUCACGGAUCACAAGAGUUUGCAGCAUAUCUUCACUCAGCCGAUGAUGAACGCGAGACAGACGCGCUGGGUUGAGUUCUUGGCGGACUAUCAGGUGAGCAUUAACUACCAUCCGGGCAAGGCUAACCUAGUGGCGGACGCGUUGAGUAGACGGAGGUAUGAUUCCGCAGUUGAGCGAGAUGUGGAGUCUCUAGUUGGCGAGAUCAGUACCUUGCGUUUGUGUGCCAUUUCGCAGGAGCCUUUGGGUUUAGAGGCAGUGGAUCAGGCGGAUCUACUUAGCAGGAUCAGAGUUGCUCAGCAGAGUGAUCAGAGUUUGCUAGAUGCGACGAGAGUGACUGGUUCUGAGUAUGAGGUCUCUGCGAAUGGGACUAUCUUGGUUCGUGGGCGAGUUUGUGUGCCUAAGGAUGUGGAGUUGAGACAUCAGAUUUUGGGAGAGGCUCAUGCGAGCAAGUUUUCCAUUCAUCCGGGAGCGACCAAGAUGUACCAUGACCUCAAGAGGUACUAUCAUUGGGUCGGGAUGAAGAGGGAUGUAGCAGACUGGGUUGCGAAGUGCAACACUUGUGCCUUGGUGAAGGCAGAGCAUCAGGUUCCGGGUGGUCUUUUGCAGAGUUUACCCAUUCCAGAGUGGAAGUGGGACAGGAUUACGAUGGAUUUCGUGGUUGGACUACCUGUUUCGAGGACUUUCGAUGCUAUUGGGUGA